AUGAGAGGGGCCUAUCUGGAUAAAGAACUCAGCACUUACGAAUGCAAAAAGGAAACAGAGACAUAUUCAUUUCUUACUUCACUCUCAGAUAUACAGGAUUCAACUAGUAAUGAGGAAGACAAUAGGGUAGGAAGUUUAUUUAGUGAAGAUAGUUUAACGUUUGAAUCAUCUGACGUGAGUAUACGGUUAUUCUCCUUGGGCUUAAAUGCCACAAAUGAAAAUGAAAAUGGAAACGAUAAUGCUAUGAAGAUCAUUGUGCCACCAAAGGCAGAACAAAGAAAGGGAGAAAGGCGAAGUAAGAAAAUUCCAAGAAGCGUGGCGCUAUUACCCGAGAACUCGACAAAGUGUCUUGUUGAAUCAAGUUUUGAUUCGAGCAGAGAUUAUGGACAACAAUUAUUUGACUGGAAGCAUGAAAUGGUAGAACGUGGGGAAGACAAUGUAAAACCGUGCGGAUGUCAUAAAUCGAGGAAAGCAAAAUGUUUCAAGGAACUGGAGAUGGAAAGUAUAGAAAAGGGCGAUAUCAAGAAGAGUCUUUUUUAUAGAGAUAUAAUUGAAUGGUGCAAAGAAUAUAAAGUCAAUAAAACAAGAGAAAUCUGUGUUCCGUCGCUACACGAGUUUUAUCUAGAUGAAAAUGGCAGUGACAACUUGUUUUGA